AUGAAGCAUUUUACUGACCUCAGGGAGAGUAAAGGUUGGUAUUAUACAUUCCCGUACGAAAAUAGAGGUUUACAAAACAACUUCAAUUUACCUUACAUUUGACUGGAACCCUAGUUACAGCCAAUAAGAAGUCAAAUGACAGGUAUCUUACAUAAUUUAUUUAUUUUCUCUGGUUCGCCAGUUCCUGGCAGGGUGACCGCGACAAUGCGUGGCGCAACUACAAGGCCCUUAACAGUCCCUCCCCCCAUUAAAGAUAGACCACCACACAGGGGAUUAUGUCCCCUACACAAGGGGGACCACACAAAUUGUGUGAAGGUUGUAAUGUUUGAAUUUAGAGGAAAUAUACGGGAAUAUUGAAAAGUAUUGGUGCUAAAUUGUGCUUGAAGAAAACAUUAAUUUGGAGAGACCUUGUCACCCGAACUUUUUAAAAUUCAUUUAUUAAUUGAUUAAUUUUAUGUUUUUCUCUAUUUUGUACAGGGAUAGUGCUGAUGGUAGGGGAGGUGGAUACAAACGCAAUGGUAAGUUAAGAAUUGAAGGUGUUAGGAUCUCGGCAACUCUUCCUUUGUAAUACAGGUACAUCUGUUCAGUGUUAGUACAACUACCUUAAAGGACACAAUACCUUUCCUGGCGGGUUUAGAUAUUUAAACAAAAAAAAAAACAAAAGCCAAGAUAGCCGUUUACUUUUGUAAGCUACGGCGAAGCGUCUAAGACAACAAUCUCAUUGUCUAGCAUCACUUUCAAUCUACAAUCAGGGACAAAAGUAGUUGACACACUUUUUUAAAACGGGUGCUUUUAUCAAGCAUUAAGUUCAUUUAUUAUUUCAUUUCUUUUAAACGCUGUAAAUCUCCUCACCCCCCGAAUCAAUGUUGUCUGAAGUAAAAGAAAGACUUGAGGGCCCAAAAUACAACCUUGAUUUUGGGGGGAACGGGCAGGGGUAGACAGGGUAAGGGGAUUGGUAUGUCCACUAUGCAAAAAGGGGCCAUUUUAGUAAAGCGUUCAAUACUUUUGUCCCUUAUUGUAGCUUCACUAUUUUUGUGAUAGGUGGAGCGCUACUGAGUUCUCUAUAAUACUGACUACAACAUCUUAAUCAAGAGAAACAAACGACUAAAUCUCCCUUAUAACAGGCGUUUUCUAAAACAACUUGCAGAACUUGGAUUAGAGAAGAUUUGAGUAGAGUCCCGCCAGAUAUGUAGGCUAGCUACCGUAAAAUUAACGCUUCUGGUACCUUUAUUUCAGAGCGUCUUGGAUGCCCAGUGGCUGGCAUAUCAAGUUCAGAUGUACUACGCAUCGGAGAGCAGUCACAGAGAAGAGAUCCUCAAGACGUUUAAUGUUUUCCCGGACAAAUUUGAUCACAUGACAGUUGUUAACGAACUGAGUGCCGAAAUUGAAAGCGGCGUAUUGCAAGGAUUACCGAAAGACUAA